AUGAGGCAGAAACUCGCCCCACGUACGGUUCGGAGGCCGAGCCCCACCCCAGCUGUAAUGGUGCGGCUUAGGUCAACUAACACAAAGAGGAUACAGUUCACUCAACGAUUGCCUUUGGGUUCCGAACUCCAUAUGGGGAAGGAGCGUUGUUGUUUCCGAGGUCUCGAUCAUUUACAUGGACCCACUUCUCAUUCCAUUUGUGGGAAUUUUAUGAUCUAUAAACCGUCCCUAACGAACGAUCGCCUCAUGUUUGAGCAUGGUGAAUCACUUCGUGCCGACCUGUUGCCAAUAAACUUUUCGGCCUCAUAUGAGAAUGGAAAACUUGAGCAUUUUCUGCAUCGGUGGAUGAAGAAUCGCGAACAUAAGAAUUUAUGGUUGACCAUGUUCCCAGAAAAAAGAUACUUUAGAGAAACAACGAGCACGACUGAAGUGGCUAUACAUACAAAUCCAUUUACGGAUAGAUAUGCUUCGAUUGGAACUGGAAGUUCCAGAACAGGCGGCUGGUAUACCACCAUAAUGAAACUGCCUUUUCUUUUUUUUAUUCGGAUAGGAUUUUGGUUGGCUUCGUCGGGAGGCUCGCGUAGUUUGUUACGUCAGCUCCAAAAGGAUAAGUUGCGUUGGAAUCGAUAA